AUGUCAUCAUCAAAUACAGGAGAAAUCAACCCAAUCACCAUGACCAUCCCAGAAUACGUCAAUUCAAUUAGACAGUUAAUUGCACUUGCCGCUCAGUAUCAACGAGAGGUGAUGCGUACUCCAGAAAUAGCUCGAGCCCUCUUCACGAUCCCAACCCAAAUGCUCAUGAUCGAUUCUCAACUGUACACAAACUUUCAGGAAUCAUCACAAGAGUUACAACAUACUAUCACCGAGGUUAACAAAUGGUGUGACGAAAGGUCCGCGAGCGGCACUGACCUUUUUGAAAGAGAUGCCGAGGGCAUCAUCAUAUCGUCGGUCAUCCCACAGAUCCAAGCUUCUCUCACUCAUUUCAAUACUACACUCCAACAACGAUACAGGGCUUAUCAAAGGAGCAAAUUACAGGCUUUGGAAGCGGCAGCAACGACAGUGGACAGGUUGAUCACGGUAUUUGAUUCCACCAAUUUAAAUGAGGAAGGUGAAACUGAAGAUGGGGAAACGCUUGGUUAA